CAGAAUGCUAUUAAAAUACUUUUUGUAAAAAAAUUAUUGAUAAUUGUAUAUUCAAACCUUUAAAUAGAAUUUGAAUUUAUAUGUAUAUAUACCCUAUUUUGGCGCUCACGCAGCGUUCUUCCCCCACUCCAGAAGGCCCAUUUUCUCUACUGCCCCGGAACCGUAGAAUUCAUCCAUUCAUACCAACAUGUACCGACGAAAUCACGUCCAAGCUUGUGAAGCAUCACUAGCAUUAUUUCGUUGUCUUUCGUGUACAGUUGUGAAUGAAUAACAAAUUCAGAAUAAUAUUGUUCGAUUCAAGCUUAAUCACAAUUUUUUAAUUAUAUCGCAUUAUCACUGAAGACAGCUACAGCUUUAACCCGUGAAGUAUGGGACGCAAGAAGAGCAAGAGACAAGCUCCAACUCGUAAAAAGGCUAUCCAACCAUUGGAGACGCAAUUCACGUGUCCAUUUUGUAAUCAUGAAAAGUCUUGUGAAGUAAAAAUGGAUAAACCACGCAAAACGGCUCGGAUAUCGUGCAGAGUAUGCUUAGAAGACUAUCAAACAUCAGUAAAUAUACUCUCAGAUCCACUAGACGUGUACAACGACUGGAUUGAUGCCUGUGAUGCAGCCAAUUGAGCACUUUGCUCAGUACCAAUUCUACAGAAUAUCAAAACUCCUCAUUUCGUCAAAUUUUUACUUAUGACUGAACGAUAAGUCAAAACACAUGACGUUUAAUGCAAAAGAACGUUUACAAAAGCAUUUUUAUAUACUCCUGCAUUACGUAGAAGUUCAAGAAUAGUAGAAAAUAUUAAUUUUACGUUGUAACAAUUAGCUCAGCGAUAGUUGUGAAAUUUAUAUACUCUUAACGUUAUAAUCGCUUGUAUUAAUCACUGAUUGAUAAUCAAAGAAGAUGUAAAUGUAGGACAGUUAUCUAUUGUACUAUCAAUGAGGGCGUAUUGGAUUCGAUUGUUUAUAAUUUAUAAAACCUCCGUGAAUCUAAUACUUAUUGAAAAUAACGAUGUUCUUCUAGGAAGUAAAUAAAAAUCUUGUUUCUUUUUUA